GGCCAAGGCGGCCGCUUCCUGGGCUUCCUCGGCAACUCUGAGCCCGAGGCCGACACCUCCCGCAGCCCCAGGCCCGGGCGGCGGCGUCAUGAGUGCGGCCGGGCUGCUGGCUCCGGCCCCGGCCGGAGCGCCACCCGCACCGGAGUACUGCCCGGAGGAGGAGGAGGAGCUGGAGAGCGCCGAGGACGACGAGCGGAGUUGCCGCGGCCGCGAGUCCGACGAAGAUACUGAGGAUGCUAGUGAAACUGACCUGGCAAAGCACGAUGAGGAGGAUUAUGUUGAAAUGAAGGAACAGAUGUAUCAGGACAAAUUGGCAUCUCUGAAGAGACAAUUACAACAACUGCAGGAAGGUACAUUACAAGAAUAUCAGAAAAGGAUGAAAAAACUGGACCAGCAGUACAAAGAAAGGAUACGAAAUGCAGAACUUUUCCUUCAGCUGGAAACAGAACAGGUGGAGAGGAAUUACAUUAAGGAGAAGAAGGCUGCUGUGAAGGAGUUUGAGGACAAGAAGGUGGAGCUAAAGGAGAACCUGAUUGCCGAGCUUGAGGAAAAGAAGAAGAUGAUUGAAAAUGAGAAGCUGACCAUGGAGCUGACAGGAGAUUCCAUGGAAGUGAAGCCUAUCAUGACAAGAAAAUUGAGGCGGCGGCCGAAUGAUCCAGUUCCAAUCCCAGACAAGAGGAGGAAACCUGCCCCUGCCCAGCUGAACUAUUUGUUAACAGACGAACAAAUCAUGGAGGACCUCAGGACGUUAAAUAAGCUUAAAUCACCCAAGAGACCAGCAUCUCCCUCUUCUCCAGAGCAUCUCCCUUCUACACCUGCAGAGUCCCCUGCCCAGCGGUUCGAAGCUCGGAUAGAAGAUGGCAAACUCUACUAUGAUAAAAGAUGGUACCACAAGAGCCAAGCUAUCUAUCUGGAGUCAAAAGAGAACACCAAGAUCAGGUGGAUCAGUUCUGUUGGUGCCAAUGAGAUCUGGGUUCGGAAGACGAGUGACAGCACAAAGAUGAGGAUCUACCUGGGGCAGCUUCAGCGAGGGCUCUUUGUGAUCCGCCGGCGUUCGGCUGCGUGACACCCUCCCCUCCCCCACCGUGGCUUUUCCUCAAAUGGCUUUUGGUUUUGGUUUUUGUUCUUAAGAGAAAUUAAACUUACAGGGAAUAACAGCAACUCCGCCUUGGAAACGGACAACACUGUGUUACGGAUCCUGCAACCACUUUUGUGGCUGGCCACAUACUCCUUGGAUUAGUUCUUGGCCCUUCCACGCAGCCACCACCUUGAUCUCUUCCAUGCUUCACCUUGAGACUUUGUUACAUUCAGAGGAGACACACGCACACGCGUGUGCGCGCGCACACAUAUACACGCACGCAGAAAGGGAAUCUUUGUGUAUGUGCAUGCGUGUGCAUGCAUGUCUGUACACAUUGGUUUUGGUUGAUGAAAAAUGAUUUCAGAUGUCUUCAUGUGUUUAUACUCUUAAAAGUGGAGGUCAAGGUGGUGGUGGUGGGGGAGGCGUGGCAGCAUUUGCAUUUUCUUAUAGUUUAAUGUUUUGGAUAUGAUCCAUGCAAGUCACAUAGCCUUGUCCCAGGUCAAGAGCUAGAUUUGCUAUUUCUCCAGCAGCCUCAGGGCAGAGGUCUGAGCAGGAGAUAAAUUCUCCUGGUUCUCAGCUGCCACUGUGAAAUACUUUCUGUAACAGCUGGCACAUGCCAGCGAUUCCACUGGAUGAGCAUCUAAAGAUUUGCCCGGGAUUCCAGGUGCCCUGGAAGAAAUGGGGAGAAGGUUAAGAAUUCAUAAUACGUUGAUGUUACCAUCUUUUGAAUAACAUUUAAUCCUUGGUUAAAUCCCAAGACAUUUGCAAGCUUUUUUAAAAAAAGAUUUGGACAAAAAUAUCCUUUGGAGAAGACUGUGUCUUGUUAGUGUUUUUUUUCCCCUAACCACAAAUAGAUGAAGAGGGGUGCAUACUGAAGUCUUAGGUUAAUUGAGUUGUCCACAAAUAGAAGGUAAAGGAGACUGUUAGCAAUGGUGUAAUCACUGAUAGGUGUAUUCCCACAUAAAAUUCAGGAUUAUUUCCUCUUGCUCAUUCAGUUAUAGCUCAUUGACCAUUCUGGAACAACUAACAAACAGAAGAGACUUUUUUGGAGGAUCGUGCUCUUCGAUUCCAACAGGGCUGGCACAAGCUGAAACGGAAUUGUCCCUGCCUUGGCUAUUGGUGAACUUGGCACUUGACCAGAUGGAAUCCAAAUGCCACACUGUACUUUAUGCCCCCCAUCAUUCUCCACUCCCCGCUCUGUUGUCUCCUCCCCCCUCCUCUUUUGAUAACUGGAGAAAUGACUCAGUAGUUAAUAGUAUUUUCUAUAAUAGUGAUGUCAUUUUGAAUGUUUGUAGUGACCUUGACAUUAGGACCUCAGAGGCAGUUAGCAGCAGGAAUCAUGUGUCCUACUCAAUCUGUUUGUUGUAAAUGGUUUCAUUUACCCUGAGGGAUUCUUGUUGACCUCAUAUCUCUUGAUACACCAUGGAAAUGACUUUGGGAUUAGAACUAGUGUAAUUACCUUCGUUAGGGUGUUAACUUCAACAGAAACUAAGGAUACUUGAUUUGGAGUGAACAUUUAUAAAGCUUUAUUUUC